AAUUUGUACGGCAAGCUUGUGGUGACAUAUAUCAUCUCAUAUUUUAUGGAAAGUCUACCUCUUCGUAUGCCACAUAUUCCCAUUCCAAUCAUAGAGAAAUUUAUAAACCCGUUCGCUUUGUUAUAGACAUUCAAGUAUUUCUUAUUCUACACUAUGGACCAGUCCGAGGCCGUUGCCAACUUCGUCGCCAUCGCUCAUUGCAGUGAAGAGACAGCUCGCUUUUAUCUCGAUGCCAGCAUGUACGAUGUUGAUCAGGCAUUAGGAGCGUACUACCAAUCCCAGGACAGUGACAGGGGUGCAGAUGGUAUGGUGGAGGAUGUGAGUGACGAGUCUGAGGGGGAAACACUCUCGAGACAAGGCAAUGUAUCAGCUCGUGAACCGGGAUCGAACUUUCCACUCCCGGAUAAUGUUGAACCGGCGACAGCCAGGGCACCACUAUCAGAGUAUGAGAAACAGGCACGCCGUGCACCCAUUUCUGGCGUGAGCGGAACCAAGAGCAAGGCAAAGAAGAGCAAACCGAACAAGAAGGUCAACACCAUUUUUGACAACAACGACUCAAGCAGCGAAGAGGAUGACCAGGACAAGCCCAAUAACUACUACGCGGGCGGGGGUAAGAGCAGUGGACAGUAUGUCCAGGGACCCCCCGGAGAAGGACAGGGCCGGGGUGGGCCACGUGGCAUGGAUCUGGGCGGUAGCGCAGAUGUAGGUGGGAAUAAUAACGGUAGCGAUGACGAGUCCGAUCUUGUGAAGAGUAUAUUCAAGCGCGCCCAAGCGGAAGGGCACGCACCCAAACACCCGCCCGGGGAGGAGCCUAAGAAGACAAGGUCGGCUUUUGGUGGGCUCGGGUUCGCGCUGGGUGAUGAGACGUCGGAUUCAGCGCCUAGAACAGUAGGUACGAGUUUGCGAGAGACGGAGGCGUUGGAGCAAGAGAGUAGCCAUGGCACGCAGAACAUAGUGUUCUGGCGCAACGGGUUCACUGUGGGGGACGGGGAUCUGCGGAGUUAUGAGGAUCCGGCCAACAAGGAAUUCCUGAGUGCUCUAAACAAUGGCUACGCCCCUGCGGAGCUGACGAACGGCAGGAACAUGACUAAUGUGAGUGUGGUGGUGUCUGAUAAGAAGGGCGAGGAGUAUGUGCCAACCAAGAAGCCUAUGAAGGCGUUUGGCGGGGUGGGCCGGACGCUAGGAAGCCCAACCCCCGAGGUUUUGGGUGCGGGCACAGUGGGCGUGUCAGCCACCCCAGCCUCAUCGUCUGGGGCCACCGAAAACCCCGUGGCAGUAGACGACACACAGCCCACCACCUCCGUUCAAAUAAGACUCAGUGACGGCGCACGCUUGGUAGCCAAACUCAACCACACACACACGGUGGGAGAUCUGCGUGCCUAUAUAAGGGCACAGCCCGGGGCCUAUGCGGGCGCCUUUAACCUGAUGACGCCGUUUCCCAGAGUGAUAUUGGGCGACGAUUCUGUUACUCUGGCGGAUGCGAAGCUGCUUAACGCGGUUGUCGUACAACAAAGGGUGUGAGCGUUGCUGCCGAGGACAGGCUAUAUACAGCACUGGUAGUAUAUGGUGGCUGGACACGAGGGUAUCGCAAGUUAUAGCUCGGUGACUCGUACAAACAAUCGCUCACAGGACCUGCACGUGAAUGGGCGUAUGAGACAACUCUCUAUUCCGCUCUGUACGCUUGGAUAUGUAUAUUCAACUCUGUACACACGGAUAUGUGUACAUACUACACGUUAAAGUGAGCGCCUCGAGCUGCAUGUGAUUUAUUUGGCCAUGGGAGGGAGAAAUGAGAAUCCUCAAAACAAAGGACGAUUUAUGGGACGCCCUUACUUUUACUUUGUACGGCUACAAAGUGGUGGGCAACAACCCCAGUGCCGUGUCUGAGUAGUUAACUGAGAACGCGUCUAUGGGUACAGAGUGCCUGUGAGUGUCGAUGAGUGUCUAUGAGUAGGUAAUCGAGAACCUUCACGUCGUACUUCUGAGCACAUUUGUAGUGUUCAGAAACUCCUUUGGACCGACACACAAUAUUAAUAAGCAGUCCAUCAGCAAAUGCCCCGCGUGUAGGCGCCGACAUACUCUGUCUGGUGACAGACAAUAAAACAGCACGCUUUUCCACGUCUCGAGGUGCCUAUUAAAGUAUAUACAUAAAAGUAGGGCCAGAACAUUCC